CACACCUCAUUUGUUAUCAUGGCUAUCGUUGCUGUUGCAGGAGGUACGGGAAAUGUUGGCCGAACCCUCGUUGAAGCUCUUGUGGCUACGGGGAAGCACGAGGUCAAGAUCCUUGCUAGGAGUAAGCCCAAUCCUGCGUUUGAAAAGGGGGUAGGGGCAACUAUCAUCCCCACUGACUAUACGAACGUGGAGGCAACAAUGAAGACACUCGAAGAUCACGGCAUUGACACCGUCAUAUCCGCCAUCACUACGCUGAUUGGACCUGGACUUUCGCCAGAAAUUGGCCUCAUUCGCGCUGCGGAUGCUUCAAAGGCGACAAAGAGGUUCAUCUCCACUGGCUGGGGCAUCCCCCACAAAGAAGAACACAGGGCUCAAUUCAUGACCGUGCCAUCAAAGCUGGAUGCCUGGGCUGUCUUGAAGGAGACCAAGACACUGGAGUACACCAUUGUACACAAUGGUUUCUUUCUCGAUUACUGGUGUCAGAAUGUCGUCAAGUCCCACAUGCCUCCCACCACCGUGGCCAUUGAUAUUUUCAACGGUGCGGCAGGGAUCCCUGGGGCCGGCAACACCCCUGUUACGUUCACCCACACGACCGAUGUAGCCAAAUAUGUUGCGGCUUUCAUUGAUCUCGAGAAAUGGGAGCCAGACACCUAUAUCAUUGGCGACAGUGUCACUUGGAACGAAUUCCUCAAGCUUGCAGAGACUGCAAAAGGUUCUAAGUUCGACGUCACUUACGACAGCACUGAGAAAUUGAAGAGCGGUCAAAUCACCGAAAUCCCGGCCCACGUCCCAUCGUACGCAGCGUUCCCGAAAGAAGCAUAUCAGCAGAUGAUGGCAACGUUUGGACUGUGGUUUGAUGAUGGCUCUUUCAACCUUGCCAGUCUCGGCGUGAAGGAUCUCACGCAAGUGUUCCCCGAGAUAAAGCCACUGAAGGUCAAGAAUAUUCUGGAGGCUGCGCUCCAGAAGAAAUAG